AUGUCUGGAAAACGUCCAUCUGCCUCCUCUGAGGUGCCUAAAGCUAAAAAGCAUUUUGAAUCAUGGCCAUCAAAUGUGCCAGUUUGUGUUCAUGCUGAGGGUCGGACCACAGCUGCUGCCCUGAUGAUGGCACACCUUGCUGCUUGCCCUGUUCAUGUUUGUCAUGUUGCACUCAGGGAAGAAAUUCUUCUCAUACGUUCUGCUAAGGACAAGGGAAUGGCAGUGACAUGUGAGGUGUGUCCUCAUCAUCUCUUCCUGACGUCGGAUGAUCUUGAGUACUUAGGGUCAAAGGGAGAGGUACGACCGAAGCUUGUCUCAAAAGAAGACCAGAAGGCCCUCUGGGAUAAUUUAGAUGUGAUUGAUUGCUUUGCUACAGAUCACGGUAAGCAUAUGUUCUGA